CAUCUUUUCCCAGGUUGUGGUCGGUUAUACUCCAUCCAUUCAAACUUCUCCUAUAUGCGCCCGGAGCCAGCAGCUGCUGGCCUUGUGUUGGGGAAGAAAGAGGAGGAGCGGCUACCAACGGAGCCCUGCCUUCUCGGAAAGCACCGCACGGAGGAGGCAAGGGAGCCGCACUCUGUCUUCUUAGAACUCUGUGUUUCCCCAGAAAGAAAAGGAAAAAAUGAGCGUGUUCAAGGAGGCAGUGACGUUCAAGGACGUGGCUGUGGCCUUCACGGAGGAGGAGCUGGGGCUGCUGGACUCUGCCCAGAAGAAGCUGUACCAAGAUGUGAUGGUAGAGAACUUCAGGAACCUGGUUUCAGUGGGACAUCGACCCUUUAGACAAGAUAUAUCACAUAUAGAAAGAGAAGAGAGGCUUUGGAUGAGGAAGACAUCAUCCCAGUUGGAGAGAAAUUUAGGUAAGAACCAAGCAAUUGUGAGUUCUCAUAGUUAACUAUUUCACUUCUCACCACCCCUGUGCCCUCACUCAGUCGAAAUUGUCAAGUCUUUUUCCAGUUUUAUUGCAACAGCCUUCUUACUGGUUGCCUGCUCUCAGAAGAUAGCUUGUGAAUUAGCCUCUCCCUUGAAAGAUUUGCCUAGCUGCAUUCCAUUUGCUUCUUGCAAAGUCUACAUCCAUAAUAAGAAAUAGAUCUUACAUUGUUACCUCUACAAACAUUUUAUUUAUGUGUAGAUUUACAUGUAUGACUUUAGAAGGCAUUUUAUGUAAUGAAACCUUUACUGCUUGUGAUGAUUCUCUGAUAACUUCCAGUCUGUGUCUUCUAAAUACUUAUCACAAGCUACUGAAUUUAUUUCACAGCUCAUUAAUAAAGUGCAUCCUCACUUUGGAGAUCAUUCUUGUUAAAAGCCAGUGUAUCUCCAUAUAAAAUUGUCGUGCUAUCUUCAAAGAGACAGCAUUCUUCCCUAGCCUCUAAAUUUUGAUUCCUGUGUGGGAAAAUUAUAUGUCAGACAGUGCAGAAAUCUCAGAAAAAUCCAGAUUGUCCAGCUUUUCUUUCAUUCCAAGUGAUCUGUAGCACCUUUGAUUUUAUCCUCAGCAUUAAAUCUCUUAGUGUGUCACUACCUCUACUGCAGCCUUUCAAAUUCUCAGCAAACUAUACUUUCCGACUCUCUUUCUAUUUCAGAUAUCUUCCUUGUAAAAGCACUUUUGCUUAGUUCAAACUUAAGCUGGGAUUUAGUUAUAGAGAAUCCCAGAAAUCUAACUGUGAGUCAUCUAUGUAUGCAUUUUUUGAGCACCUACUAACUGCCAGGCACUAUUAUAACUAUGAACACUCCAAAAUGCUUUUCCUUAUUGAUAACUGUGUUAUGGUAGGAAAGACAUGUAAUUUAUGAAAAAUGAUUUAAGUAGUAUCAAAUGGCAGUCAUUUUGUUUUAUGUGGGUUUCAUUAAUGCUAAGUGGUUGGGAGCUUAAUAGAACACUCCCUGGUUUCUGUCAGUAUAUAAACCAGGUAACUUCCUAUGUGAUAAAUAUAAGCUGAACUAUCCCAGCGUUCAUUAAAGUCUUAUACUGUGUGUCCUAUGUGUGAAAUCUUUAAUCUUUGAACAAAGCUUUCACUUGUCCAUAUCUCCGAAUUCUUCGUAUAGGCGAGAGCAAUCAAAGUGAGUUGAGGACUGUUCAGGACAGAGGACCACCACAUGAAGAGCUUUCCUGUUGGCAGAUCUGGCAACAAAUCGU